UGUGGCAUAAGAGGAAGUUUAGAGUAUUCAAAAGUCUUUAUUGUUAUAUCAUGUCGUUAUUAUCCAGGAGGUGACGCUCCUGUGCGGUUUUACUGCUGACUGAUCUCUUGACAAGAAACAGUCCGUGCUGAGAGGAAAGAUGGUGUGAAACUGGAUGAUUAAUAACGUGCUAUAACGAAACAAAACAAAACAAAUGCACAGUUACGGUCAGUGUGGUGACUCAACAAUUCUGAAACAUUAUCAAUUCAAAUGUUAUCCUUUUGUCUCCAUCCAUACAGUGAGCAUUAGUACAAUAUACUAUUGUUCUACACACUGCAGCAUCCUGUACAGUAUGUGUGGAUUAAGGGAGGUGUUCUGCAGGUGAUGAAGGUGUCUGCACAUAGAUGCAUAGGCACAUACUAAUGCUGAUACUAUUAUAUAUACAACAGUGACAGCAGUUAAAGGUCGGUGAGUGUUCAAGUAAGUUAGUCACAGACACAGUGCUGAUGUGUGAGAAGGCAAAAGAAGACGGGGUGGCGGCCAUGGCAGCCUGCUACCAGGGCUUUGACCCUGCAGCCUACCUGCAGUAUAACUACACUCCACCGAGGGCUGACUUUGAAAGACAGGACAGCAUCGUGCCAUGGAAACUGGGAUGUCUGCACAGAGCUUUCACUGAAGGUGAUGUUAGUGGUGAGCUGCUGGUGGACAUCGGUUCAGGUCCUACCCUGUACCAGGUGCUGAGUGGCUGUGAGGUUUUCAACAGAGUCAUCCUCACAGACUUUUUGGAGGUCAACCGUCAGGAGCUGAGGCGCUGGCUCCGGGACGAAGGAGAUUGUGGCCUGGACUGGACACCAUACCUGCAGCACGUCUGCAAGCUGGAGGGACGACAGCCCUCGGAGUGGACUGAGAAAGCUGCUCGGCUUCGCACAGUAGUCUCUGACAUUCUCCCUGUUGAUGUGCACCGUCCUCAGCCUCUGGCCCCUGGUGCUCUUCCCUCAGUGGGAGCUGACUGCCUAGUGUCAUGCUUCUGUCUGGAGUCCGUCAGCCCUGACCUGGCUGCCUUCACCAGAGCCCUGGGCCACAUUCAGGGGCUCCUGCGACCCGGUGGCCACCUCCUUCUCAUUGGAGCUCUGGGAGAGAGUUACUAUUUCGGCGGGCCCGGGGUAAAGAUCCCUGUGGUCCCGCUGAAUGAGGCCGAGGUGUGUGCUAGUCUGAAAGAGACCGGCCUCACUCUGAUCAGGUUGGAGGUCUACACUUUACCUCAGGAUAUGAGGGUAGGGGUGGAUGACGUGAGUGGGGUGUUUUUUGUAAAGGCAAAGAAGGAGUAAAGAAAGAGAGAUAAGACAAUAAUAAUUUAGAUGUGAAGACCAAGCUUCAGUCGAUAAUUCAUGUUGACCAGCUGUGUAACAUGUUAAUAAACAAAAUGUGUUGAUGUGCAAGACAUGGAAACCCCAUAUUCAAUUGAAAAUAGCACAAAGACAACAUAUCAUUUAUCAUCAUCAUAUUGAUUUUGGAAAUUAUGUGCCCAUAUUUUCUUUGUGUAUUUUCAGUUAAACAUGGGGGUUUAAUAUUUUGCAGAUUUUUUGGAAACAGGGUCGUAGUAUUUAAUCUUAAAAAAUAUAGUUAACUUUCGUUUUUUCUGAUUAUGUUUUAAUUGGUGUCCAAGUAUGCCAUGUACACUCUAUAGAAAGCUCAAAAACGUUUUGAACGACUUCACAAUAAAUGUCA